GGCGGUGUGCAUGUUGCUCUCUAUGCCCAGGUAAGCCUAAGCAAGGAUAGGAGAAGGUCGCAAUGAGAGACCUUGCAAACAAAGCUAGAAACGGGGAUCCUCAAGGGGACGCAGAGCAAAAGGUGAAGCCAAAGAGCCUUUUCAACGGCAUCUGAUGUUGAACACAUGUAAUUGGAUUGCUAGGUGCAUGUAUGGGGUGCAUCCAUCCUUCGAAAGAAUUGGAUCUAAUCAUGACCUUACUAGAAGGCCCCCUGAACAGUGUGCCGCAUGAAGCAAGAGGCUGACCAAAUGGCACGCAGGAAAAAACCAAAGGACUCUCGAACUGCAGAUGUGGCAUCCAUGUUCUCACACAGAUUACUGCCUUGGGGCCGGCUAUGCCGUUGCUCCAGCCCAUUCCUGCAAUUCCUUGUCUUGAGUGUUGUGACAUUUGGUGUGAUCGCUCCCUUCACUUGCCGAGACCUCCUGCAUUCUUAUUUCUACAUUCGUGGUUGGUACCUGAAAUCAAUGACCCAACAUUUUUUAAAGCAGAACCAAGAGGAGGGUUUGAGUGCUCUCCGUUACUUUGAGCGACUGCGGAAUACAUCAGAGAAGUUGACCAAAGAGGCCUUGCAGCCAUGGUUGCUGAUUACCAUCAUUACUGUUCAAAGGAGCCCGGAACUCCACUAUGUCCUUCAAGUAGCAGCCCGCUUCCACCGUCUGCUCCAGGAAUGUGGCCCUUCUUGCCAGCACCAUCAGCUCUUACUCUGUAAUGUGGAAACAGAUCCCAGCAGCCAUCAAGAUGCUAAGCUGCUGGCUACUUUCUUUCCUGUGGUGAACCACUACAGUGGUCAGGAAAAUGUGGAUCUCUUUCCAAACCGUUUUGAGAAGGAGAAGCAAGAUUACACCUAUUGCCUUGAGAAAUCACUUCAGCUGUAUGGACCAGAAUAUGUCCUGUUGGUGGAAGAUGAUACCCUCCCAGAAGAAGAGUUCUUUCCAGUCCUCCAUCACUUGUUACAGACACGAUUCUCAAAGCCCCACCUCCGAGAUGCUCUCUAUAUCAAACUGUACCAUCCAGAGAGACUUCAACAUUACAUCAAUCCAGAACCCAUGAGGCUCCUCGAAUGGCUCGGAUUAGGUAUGUUUUCAGGAUCCUUCUUGGGCUUUGUCUACUCAUGGGCAUCCAACCGCUCCAGCCUUAGUUGGUCCAUCGUGUUGUUUUUUGCCCUGUACAGCAUGCUGCUAGUAGAGCUGGUUGGGCGCCACUAUCUCUUGGAGCUUCGACGCCUGGCGCCAUCCUUCUACAACAUUGUGCCUGUGACUGAAUGCUGCACUCCGGCCAUGGUGUUCUCUGCUCCUUCAGCACACCGUGUAUUGGGUUACAUGAAAGACGUUCAGUGUCGCCUAGGUUUUGCCAAAGAUAUUGCUCUUUAUUCAUUGCUGCGUACCAAGGGCGAGCACGCAUUUGUGGUUGAGCCCAAUCUGGUGAGACAUGUGGGGUUGUUUUCAUCUGUCAGGAUCAAUGAUAACCCAGAGCUGCUUUGAUAUUUAUUAAUAUUUUUUAUUUAUUUGAUUUAUUUGAUUUUAUUUGAUUUCUAUACCGCCCUACUCCCGAAGGACUCAGGGCGGUGCACAGCCAAACAAUAAAACACAUACAUACAAAAUUUAAAAGUAGAAUAAAAUCAAAUUAAAUAA